AUGGCGGGUGAACAGGGAGCCGGUGGUGGCAUCGAAAGUAAUCGUCGUCAUCUUUCGACUUCUACUCGAGCGAGCACCGACAACGAGCCUAUUCAAGAAACCGAGGCCCAGGCGGGUAAGCAAACUAAACAAGAAGAAACCAAGACCCAAUUUCAGCAGUCUUCGCAAGACUCCCCUAGGGGCUUCAACCCACCCUCAAACACAUCAACCCCUUCAACAGCGCCGUUGAUGGCCAGAGCAUCAUCCAACAGUUCUGCGGUUUCGACCCCGAGUGCGCCAACAGAUAGUUAUUUUGGGCCUGUACCCGAGCCAAAGGCACCUGCACCCCGUGUUUCUCGCCCAAUCGAGCCACCGGUAACUAAGGUCACUCUGAGCGAACUGGACGUGUGCAAAAUCAUGCACAAUCCAAAGCUGCGCCACGAUAUCAACUUUGAUCCAGAGCUACACUUCCGACCUAAUCUGGAUGGAGACAAGGGCAAGCGGAAACAGCACAAGGCGGACCUCUUCUGGAACACUUUGCAAGAACAGUUGGUCGAGUUUGUGAGAGUACCGGAGACAUUCUUUGCCACUCAUGGCCAGGAUGACGAUUGGUGUCUCCCCUCGCUCCUGAGAGCUGUCAAAGACAUUAUCCAGACUUUGGUUCCUCAAAGAGAUAGAGUUUACUUGGAUGAAGGCCUGAACGUUGACUUGCUGAUGCAACAGUUCUACAGAGGCAUUGCGGAUCUGGAGAAGCUGGCAUUGUGGUUGUCUCGCGUACUCAAGUCACAUUGCGCUCCGAUGCGCGACGAGUGGGUUGACCAGAUGUACAGCCAGCUGAGCAACGGCAAUAGGACCAACAACGUCGAGGAAUUGGUGAAGGGCAUGAAGAGUCUCCUCAGCGUGCUAGAGGCCAUGAAGCUCGACGUAGCUAACCACCAAAUCCGUUGUCUGCGUCCUAUUCUCAUCGAGGGAACCAUCCCCUUCGAGCGGAAGUUUUUUGAGAAGAAGAUUCAGGGCAACAAGCUGGACGUGACGCAAGCGAACGCCUGGUACAGAAGCGCAGAGGAUAGAUACGCAACAUCCGUCUCGCCGAUUGCAGCACAUUCCUUUGGCGAAAUGUCAGUAUUCUUCGAGGCUAUUUCAAGGUUAAUUCUACCUUCGGUCUCCGAAAAGGCUCUGCCGAACACCUUCAUCUUCGACGAAGAGCGCUUCAUCAAGCUCAGAGCCGACAUGCUCGACGCUAUCAACUUGGAAGUGUGCAUGCGGAUGUACGACGACUUGGAGCGCGUCGGCCGGUUACCCCUCUUCGCCAAUGCGAUGUCACGAUUUGACGACGAGAUUAGUGGUCGACCGUUGUCCAUGACUCCCGAUUUCAACUUCAACACUCCUCCCUCGCGGCCCUCCAGUCUUGCCUUCAGCUCUGGUGAUUCCGCCACUUCAUCUCCCCGGUCGUCACUCAUCCUCCCACCUCAGCCAACAUCCGACCCCACAGAGUCUCUCCCCAAGGCUAGGGAACUCUACAGCUCCCUAGUAGCCCUUCUUCACACUUCGCCUCCUCCUCGUCGACACGAAUCUCGCUGGGAAGCUAUUGCACCUUCCCUGGCCCUUCAGAUUUUCCGAUAUACCAACGCACCAGCCGAUAUGCUGCCUGUCUUGGAGUCAAAGCUCGCCUCGCAUGUUUGCGACGUCAACAGCUCGCUGUUCCAAGAGGUUGAGCAACAGUUUCACCAAAAGCUUCUUGUGGAGCUUCAGAGACGGGUCAGAGAGUUCCGCGGUCUGACGGGCGUUGGGCUCUUCUCAGUAGCCACCGGUGGUCGUGUCCACGGCUCAAGUCGGUCAUGGAAUGGCAGCCCUGAGCGCGAGAGGGAGUCACCGGACAACACUCGUGAAGCUCGCGAAGAUGGUGGCAUUGAGGACAUGGCAACUCGGUUGGCACACCUUGGCAUCCUUCACUGGAGAGUGUUCGCGGGGCUGGCAUACACUUCAGAUGAGCAAGCCGACAGCGAGAUGGAAAUGAAUCAGUUUUAA